CUUGCAAACUCAUAUUGCCUGGUCCCCUGCGUUAGAAUUUUUUCGGCUUUCCCCUUGUCCCUUUUCUGUCCACCCCCGCCUCCCGCUCCCCAUUCCCCACUUUGGAGAAUUUAACGCUUGUUUUAGUGAUUUUGUGAUCUAAGUAAUGUGACACCCCAGAGCUGCAACUUUCUUGGAUGAAUUCUACUUUUGUUUUUAUUUCUCCCUCGCUUCCUCUUUUUUCUCUCGCCUCUGAUUAAUCUGCGAAGUCGGACGCUGCUGCCAGAGAGAGAGAAAUAAAUAGACGCGGCUGUCCCAGAAGGCUUAGACGUUGGGAAAGAGCAGCCAGAGAGGCAGCAGCAGUAGUAGAGGGGCGGCGGCUGGAACUGGGCGAAGCUCGUGGGACCCCAUUGGGGGAAUUUGAUCCAAGGAAGCUGUGGGAUUGCGAGGGGAGGAGAAGCUACCAGAUCAUUGUGUCCACCUCAAGGGGAGAGGAGGAGACGGCGGAGCGGGCCUCUAGACGGCCACGGAACUGCUGCACCCUGCCCCAUCCUGCCGGGAUCAUGGUCUGCGGCAGCGCGGGAGCGAUGCUGCUGCUGCUACGAACCGGGCUGCUAGUCCUGGCUGCGCUCUGCUUGCUCCGAGUGCCCGGAGCCCGGGCUGCAGCCUGUGAGCCCGUCCGCAUCCCCCUUUGCAAGUCCUUGCCCUGGAACAUGACCAAGAUGCCCAACCACCUGCACCACAGCACCCAGGCCAACGCCAUCCUGGCUAUCGAGCAGUUCGAAGGUCUGCUAGGCACCCAGUGCAGCCCGGAUCUGCUCUUCUUCCUCUGUGCCAUGUACGCGCCCAUCUGCACCAUCGACUUCCAGCACGAGCCCAUCAAGCCGUGCAAGUCUGUGUGCGAGCGGGCCCGGCAGGGCUGCGAGCCCAUCCUCAUCAAGUAUCGCCACUCGUGGCCGGAGAGCCUGGCCUGCGAGGAACUGCCGGUGUACGACCGCGGUGUGUGCAUCUCUCCCGAGGCCAUCGUCACCGCGGACGGAGCCGAUUUUCCUAUGGAUUCUAGUAAUGGAAACUGUAGAGGGGCAAGCAGUGAACGCUGCAAAUGUAACCCUAUUAGGGCUACACAGAAGACCUAUUUCCGGAACAAUUACAACUAUGUCAUUCGGGCUAAAGUUAAAGAGGUGAAGACCAAGUGCCACGAUGUGACUGCGGUAGUCGAGGUGAAGGAGAUCCUCAAGGCUUCUCUGGUGAACAUUCCGAGGGACACCGUCAACCUUUCCACCAGCUCUGGCUGCCUGUGCCCUCCACUCAGUGUUAAUGAGGAAUAUAUCAUCAUGGGCUACGAAGACGAGGAACGCUCCAGGUUACUCUUGGUGGAAGGUUCUAUAGCUGAGAAAUGGAAGGAUCGACUUGGUAAAAAAGUUAAGCGCUGGGAUAUGAAGCUCCGUCAUCUUGGAUUGAGUAAAAGUGAUCCUAGCCAUAGUGAAUCCACUCAAAGUCAGAAGUCCGGCAGGAACUCUAACCCCCGGCAAGCACGCAGCUAGAUUCUGAAAUAUAAAAAGUAAGAUUGGUGGCCUUCCUAUUAAGAUUUGCAUUGCUGGACUAGCAAAGGAAAAUUGCACUAUUGCACAUCAUAUUCUAUUGUUUACUACAAAAAUCAUGUGGUAACUGAUACUACUUCUAUUUUCUCUGUUUUCUGCUUUUCUCUUCCUCUAUCACUCCCCAGCCCCUCCCCUACUUUUUUGUGGUCUGGGUAGAGAUCCUUAUAUAUAUUAUAUAUUUCUUAUUUCACUAAUCCUGGAGAAACUGCUCUUUUGCAAUAAUAAUAAAUUAAACAUGUUGAAACUGGGGCUUCUUUGCUGGAGUUCCCAAAUGUUAAUUUACUGUCUGUAUGCAGAAUUGGGAAUGCAAUAUUGGAUGCAGGGAGAGAUUUCUGGUAAACACAGAAAGCUAGAUAUGUGGUAAAACAUAUUUGCUGAUCCAAUUACAGCCUCAUUUUCCUAUGCCUUAGGGCAUUCUCAUCCUAGGAAGUUCUAAAUGUUUAUAAAGGUAAAAUGGCAGUUUGAAAUCAAAUGCCACAUAGGCGAAGCAAUCAAGCAUCAGGAAGUAUUUAUGAGGAAAUGACACACAAGAUGAAUGAUUUGCAAGAUUGGCAGGAAGGAAAAUAAAUAGUGACAGGAGCUGGGGAAAGAACAUUUUCUCUGAUUGAGAAGCACAACUGAAACUAGUAGCUGUUGGGAUAUUAACAGUAGCAUUUUUCUUUUGGCAAUAUAUUUGACCUGUUCAUGAAUAUAUUAAUCAGCAUUAGGGAAGUGAAUUAUAACUAGACAUCUGCUGUUAAAGACAUAGCUCUGUUUAAUUUGCUUUCUUUUAAAUAAACCCAUUGGUGUAAA